UGGAGGCGUUGCCCAUGUUUUUGUGCCGUGAUUGUAGUGCUACGCGGUGGCUCUCUUCAGGUAGUGAGGCAAGACCGUCUGUAAGCAGAACCAGCACCGAACGGACUGAGUAGAAGACCUAAAUAUGGCCGGGUUCUUGGAUCAUGUCCAGUGGCCUGCAUGCCUCGACCUGGGGGAGAAACGCAACACCGUCGCGUCCGUAGCGGCAGGAGUCUUGUUCUUCUCCGGCUGGUGGGUGAUGAUAGACGCAGCGGUGCUGUAUCCGUCUCAGGAGCAACUCAACCACGCGUUCCACACCUGUGGAGUCUUCUCCACUAUAGCCUUCUUUAUGGUGAACGCUGUCUCUAACGGGCAGGUGAGAGGAGACGUGUAUGGAGAAGGCUGCUUGGGUCGAACAGGGGCUCGUCUCUGGCUGUUCCUAGGCCUGAUGUUGAUGUUUGCAUCGCUGAUUGCUGCCACCUGGAUCCUGUUUGGAGCUUUCGUUGUCGUUCCCACCAAACUGGUCUACCCCGGCCUGUCCAUCUUCUUCCAGAAUCUUUUAAUUUUUUUCAGUACACUCAUCUACAAGUUUGGUCGGACAGAGGACCUGUGGGGAUAAUCUGACGACUCUUAAAGUGCGCACACACACACACACACACACACACACACACACAUGCACACACGCAUUCACACACACACAGACCCAUCCAUACACAUAUGUAUGCACACACACACACACACACACACACACACACACACACAAAUGCAGUGUGCCAUAUGCAAGUGCAGCUUCCAGGCCAAGCCAGUUCAGGUGUUCUAUAUUUUAAUUAUGAUGAGUCAUAUUCCCAGUGUUGUCACUGUUGUAAUACUUUUAUAAUGACUACUUAUGUCCCCUGUGUUGUAACUGUAAAACUUAUCAUUGUUGUCAUUAUUUUAUAAUGCUGAAAUGAGGAUUCAUCCUAUUGUUUUAUAAUGCUGAAAUGAGGAUUCAUCCUAUUGUUUUAUAAUGCUGAAGUGAUGAUCAUAUCCUCUGUGCGGUCACUGUUGUGACUCUGUUAUGAUGCUGAGGUGAUUCAUAGCCCCACUGUUGUGACUCUGUUAUGAUGCUGAGGUGAUUCAUAGCCCCACUGUUGUGACUCUGUUAUGAUGCUGAGGUGAUUCAUAGCCCCACUGUUGUGACUCUGUUAUGAUGCUGAGGUGAUUCAUAGCCCCACUGUUGUGACUCUGUUAUGAUGCUGAGGUGAUUCAUAGCCCCACUGUUGUGACUGUUAUGAUGCUGAGGUGAUUCAUAGCCCCACUGUUGUGACUCUGUUAUGAUGCUGAGGUGAUUCAUAGCCCCACUGUUGUGACUCUGUUAUGAUGCUGAGGUGAUUCAUAGCCCCACUGUUGUGACUGUUAUGAUGCUGAGGUGAUUCAUAUCCCCACUGUUGUGACUCUGUUAUGAUGCUGAGGUGAUUCAUAUCCCCACUGUUGUGACUGUUAUGAUGCUGAGAUGAUUCAUAUCCCCACUGUUGUGACCGUGUUAUGAUGCUGAGGUGAUUCAUAGCCCCACUGUUGUGACUCUGUUAUGAUGCUGAGGUAAUUCAUAUCCCCACUGUUGUGACCGUGUUAUGAUGCUGAGGUAAUUCAUAGCCCCACUGUUGUGACUCUGUUAUGAUGCUGAGGUGAUUCAUAGCCCCACUGUUGUGACUCUGUUAUGAUGCUGAGGUGAUUCAUAUCCCCACUGUUGUGACUCUGUUAUGAUGCUGAGGUGAUUCAUAUCCCCACUCUUGUGACUCUGUUAUGAUGCUGAGGUGAUUCAUAUCCCCACUGUUGUGACCGUGUUAUGAUGCUGAGGUGAUUCAUAUCCCCACUGUUGUGACUCUGUUAUGAUGCUGAGGUAAUUCAUAGCCCCACUGUUGUGACUGUGUUAUAUUAUACAGUAUGUGUAUAUCACUCAUGUGAAGAUGGAGGGCAGCUGUGAGCCAGGAAUGUUCUGGAACUCGAUCAAAUGCCCUAUUGCCAUGGUGAUGCUGCGAGUUGGUGACUAUGGUUACAUGCACAACAUAUUCAGAUUUUGCAAUGCUUUUGCCCAUCCAUUAAUUCCAUUCCAUUAAUUCCAAUUACAUUUUAGCUGUCAGGUUUGAGUUCAUAAAUCGUCCUCAUUUAGUCUAGCAUGUGAGGCAUCAUUUAGCCUCGUUAGCACGCUAGGCCUCAUCUGGUUAGCAUGCGAGGCAUCAUUUAGCCUCGUUAGCACGCUAGGCCUCAUCUGGUUAGCAUGUGAGGCAUCAUUUAGCCUCGUUAGCACGCUAGGCCUAAUCUGGUUAGCAUGCUGGGCCUUAUUUUCACUCCAGAUUUCCACACUUUUCACUAUGUUGCCAAGUUGUCAGAGCAACCGACCAAGCUGCCUUAAUUCCUUGGAUGAAAAUGCGUAAAUUGAUGCGUAAAUUUAUAUUUCAAAAGGGACAUUUCCCCAGUAAUGUGGUUAAUGGCCCAGUGUUCUGGUAGUACAGGUGAUAUGGGUCUUAGAAGUAGACUUAGGUCUUAUCCAGGUUGUUAUCCUCAUUAUUAAUUCUGUAUAAUUUCACCAUUCUGAUUAAAGUAGAAAUAUGUUGUGCUUGUAAGCGUAGGCAGUGUGUGGUGUGCAGGCGGAUGUAGUUUAUAUUCUGUCUCUUUUAUAAAGUCUUUACAUUUGUGCCAAAUGGGAAUCACUCUGUGAGAAUUCCAUUGUAGUGUGUUUUUUGUAAAAGGAUAAACCCCCCCCCCCCCCCCCAAACACACACACACACACACACACACACACACACACACACGUAUGUACAUACAUGCUGAAGAGUUAAGAUGCAUCUAGUGCACAGUUAGAAAUGUACCAUCAUUUGUGAUAAUAAAGAGAUUUUUAAGGAUA